AUGGACUUCUCCAAGAUCCAAGAUCAGGUCAGCAACCUGUCCUUGUAUGACCUCAAGGCUGGUGUUCGCAAGGUGCAAAAUGCCGUCAUGAACUAUACCGAGAUGGAAUCCAAGGUCCGGGAAGCUACAAACAAUGAACCCUGGGGUGCCUCGACCACGUUGAUGCAGGACAUUGCCAAUGGAACACACAGCUACCAAUUGCUCAAUGAGAUCAUGCCUCUAAUCUACAAGCGUUUCACCGAUAAGGCCGCGGAGGAGUGGCGACAGAUUUACAAGAGUCUGCAGCUUCUCGAAUUCCUCGUCAAGAACGGAUCAGAGCGGGUAGUCGACGACGCGCGGUCUCACAUGUCGCUUUUGCGGAUGCUUCGGCAAUUCCACUUCAUUGAUCAGAACGGCAAGGAUCAAGGUAUCAACGUCCGCAACCGAUCCUCAGAGUUGGUGAAGCUGUUGGGCGAUGUCGACCAGAUUCGCAACGAGCGCAAAAAGGCAAAGUCCAACCGAAACAAGUUCGGUGGAUUCGAGGGUGGAAUGGGCGUUGGAGGAAUGUCUUCUAGCUCCUCCGGCCGUUACGGUGGCUUCGGAAGUGACAGCAUGGGAUACGGUGGAUAUAGUGGCGGCGUGUAUGGUGAUGGCGGAGGCUUUGGCGGAGAUAGUGGUGGUGGUGACUUUCAGGACACCAGCACCAGCACCAGCCGCCAGGGUAACCGCUUUGACGAAUACGACGAGUACGACGAGGGAGAAACGAGCGCACCGCGGCGCCAGCCUGCGUCUAGCGCAAAGAGGGAACCUAGGAAGCCGGAGCCUACACCCGCGCCUGCGCCUGUAGCGGACCUCUUCGAUUUCGGUGACGAUGAACCUGUUACCACUUCCACCGCUGCCGGUAAGCAGCCCGCUGGCAGCGCAUUGAACAUGCUAGAAUCGACGCCUGCCGAGGAUGAUGACUUCGACGACUUCCAGUCCGCCACACCGGCGCCCUCCGCACCAGCCUCGAACCAAUUCGGCAUUGCGCCUCCCGCCUCCCACGGCAGCACAACCUCCAGCACCCAAUUCGUGGCGCCUGUACCCGUUUCGGCCUCGCAGGGUAACAACAUCAACGGCAUUGUUGGUUUCACAUCGGCGACUCCCACCCCAUCCACCAGCUCAAUGACCUCGCCCGUGUCGCAGUACUCCUCCAUGCAGCAGCCCAUGGCCCCUAAGCCCUCAGGCUACCAGGCCGCCACACCCAACUACUUCACCAGCGUAAACACUAACCCCGCACCCGUCUCAUCGCACGCCGCUACGUCUUCGAUCUCAUCCACGGCCUCCCCAGUCACCGCGAACAAGCCCGCCGCCAACACAGCAGCCAAGAAACCAUCUGGUGAUGCCUUCGGUUCCCUCUGGUCCACCGCUAGUGCUAGCGCCGGCAUCCAAAAGUCCAACAGCAACGCAAACAAGGGUCCUAACCUUGCCAGCAUGGCCAAGGAGAAGGCCAGCGCCGGAAUCUGGGGCGCCCCCGCUUCCUCCGGCGGUGCCUCAGCACCCCAGUCCCAGCAGAAGCAGGGCGGCUCAGCAUUCGACGAUUUGCUCGGUUGA